CUGGUAACGAAUUGCUUUCGCAAAGCAGCUUACAGAGUGUUCGCUCAUCUAUGGAGGACGGUAGUGUCUACUUCUCAGCGGCAUCUGACGUAUACUACUCUGCGAACCAGUCUCCUGUGAGUGAGAGUUCUAAAAGCUUAGAGAACAAUCUAGCCGAGUUGCCAUGGGCUUUCUGCGAGGAUCAAGUAUCAGCUUUAGAACCCGCUAACAAAGGAGACGAGAAGCAAAUUCCAAUGGCACAACAACACCCAAUUUCACGGUCUUCGGUAGAACGUGAUCUUUCUAGAACCGCAACGCGAUCAGACACCCAUUUGAGGCACCAAACCAGAGCGGCUAGGCCUGCAAUUCCAAAGCUCAAUGUCAAGAUCCCGCGAUCGAUUGCUUCGACGAACGCUAAAUCCCCAUCCGUAACACCAACCUCUUCAACCACGUCCGGUAUGUCAACGCCGGGAAACACGAACUCUCGAAUCCCCAUACCAUUGUUUGCGAAGCAAAAUAGUAACCUGGCACGUGGAAGUGGUCGGCCUGCUGCUCAAGCAAAUGACGUAGCUCGUCCUGUUGCGGAUGCAUCCAAAUUGCAGCACUGCUUUGCAUCUUCUGUGAUUCCUGAGUUGGAAAAGAUCACUCCACAAACAAAAGAAGUCAAGGAAGUUGCUAGCAAUGUUCGUCGAGCCACGCAGGCAGUCUCCGUUCCCAACAAGCCAGCUCCCGUAUUUGCAGUGGCCAACCAUGAUGCGCAGCAACGACAACGAAACGAACAACAUACCAGCACCCCACCAUCGUAUCUUGGUGAUUGCAACCAUGAACGUACAGCUUCAGAUCCACUUAUAGAUGGAAAUUCGGCCACACCAGUAGAACCCCUUCAAGCAUCGCCUGUAGGACCUAGGAGCUAUGCUGCAGUGCUUAUGGGACGUUCCGCAAACCCUGUUCUUCGUGUCCCUGUUCAACAGCACGGGAAGAUAAAGGUUUCGCCCUCGAUGAUAUCCCAAGAGGCAGGGAAACCGGGCCCCAAUGCGGAAGAUCUACCAUCAACAUCUGAGACCUAUGUUUCCCAACGCAAGGACGUUGAGAAAAGCGAUGCACAACAAAAGCAGCCUCCAGCUACCAUUAGGAGUUAUGCCGCUGUGAUAGCGGGGUUACCAAGCGAAGACCCUAUUAUGCAAGAUUCUGCUAUUAUUUACAGUCGCCGCUCUAGCAUAUCGAAAGCAAACACCCGUACAUUCGCUCAAGUGGCAGACUCGGCACUGAACGCUAUCAACGAAGCCCAGCAGUGUACUCCUGUUUCAAGUGGCUUGUUAUGUCCAGAACAAAUACGAAACGACUCAACUAUCGUCAGCGGUGCAUCUAGCCUUCGUGCUACUGCGCCCGAGUUUGUGCCUCCGCCCUCGGAGCUUUUGGAGACAGAGACUUCAUUGCUACGAGAACUAACAGCCUCUCCGGUCGACUCCUGCCAGCCAGAGUCCCAGGAGCCGCAACUCACAGGUCUGGAGCCUACGCACUAUGGUUUCCCGCAUUACCAUUUUUGGUACCGUGUUCCGAUCGAAUGCUCGAUUUCCGAUAGUAACAGCUACAACUACCAACCCAGCACUGCACCGUGGAAGAAAUACAGACAUAAUGGUAGUAAAAGGGGGUCACGAGGUAGCAAGACUGUGGCUCGCACCAAAUCUAAGAAAAGAUCAUUGAUCCAGACGGAAGAGAUCGUGGCAAUGGACCAAAUGGGGACUUGCAUGGAUGUUUCCAUCACCAACCCCAGCGCUAUUACCACAGAACCUAUUGAAGGACCCGCGCUGAGAAGGAUGACUCCGUUCACUGAGCAACUCAGAAAAGUUAUGGGCCCUGAUCCAGACGGUCCAUCGAAUAAAGAACCUACCCGUCAAAUCGACUGGGCCAGCAUAGUGAAUGUUCCAUCGCGGGAUACUGGCACGCAAUCGCACGGUAGUGUCAGCAGCAACUGUCUCACACUUCCUCAGCGAGGUAAAUUUGGGAACAAUGGCCGAUCCAAGAAAGGAUAUUAUGCUACGAAUGGAUUAUACGAUUCUAGGCCUGGGUUUCAUGUUACGCGCAAUUCCCGAGCUGCUCUCGCCGGAGUGCCACUGAACGAAACUGCACCAUUCCCUGCGCCUGCCCCACCACCAGUUCCCCAAGGGAGCGGUCAUUAUUUUGAAGGUAUCAUGCAGAGGAAUAUGAAUGGAUGUGGUACUUUUCAUAUCCUGGAAGCUGGAGAAAUGAUUGGAGGAGCCUGCAAUGAUUGUGAGGCUGAUCAUUGAGACUCAUUGGCAGCAGGAGCCUUGGAAAAGUGGCAAUGCUUCAUUGAAUCGACUCCCAUGCGAUACUUUGCGUGAGCGCUGUAUACACCGGAAGCAAGGCUCCACUGACCCACUGACCCGUGCGUGCUUGAAGAGAAAGGUGAUCACCUACAACAACCGAGUUGGUGUGCGUUCCUUGGGGGCUCUGGUUUGCUAUCGUUAGGAAGGAGAUGAUUGUGUCGAAAUCUCUAGGUGAGAGAUAGCCUUGGCCCCAGUACUCUUAGAUCCCAAUAUUGUACAUUAUGGC